AUGAGCCACGGGCCAGCGGUGAACUGGACCGCCCCCCAGGAAUUUGUAAUCCUGGGUUUCUCUGGGUGGCCCCCAGGGCUCCGCGUGCUGCUCUUCACCCUCCUCCUGCCGCUCUAUCUGGCCACGCUGGCAGGAAACCUGCUGAUCCUGGGCCUGGCCGUGGUGGAUGCCGCCCUGCACACCCCCAUGUACUUCUUCCUGGGGGCCCUCUCUGCCGUGGAGGUGGCCUACACGCUGGUGCUGACCCCACGCAUGCUGGCCGGCUUCCUCCUGCCACCCGGGGGCCAGGCGGUGGGCCCCUCCACCUGCGCCGCCCAGAUGGGCCUCUUUGCGGCUCUGGGAGGCUCCGAGUGCCUGCUGCUGGCAGCCAUGGCCCUGGACCGCUACCUGGCCAUCUGCCGCCCCCUCGACUACCCUCGACUCAUGACUGCGGGGCUCUGCUGGGGCCUCCUCGCCUCCUGCUGCGCUGGGGGCUCGCUCCUGGCCUUGGGCCUCACCACGGCCAUCUUCCAGCUGCCCUUCUGCCACGGGGGCACAGUCAACCACGUCUUCUGUGACCUCCCGGCGGUGUUGGUGUUGGCCUGCGGGAACCGGGACCUGCAGGAGCGCGUCCUGCUGGCGGCCUGUAUGUUGCUGCUGGUGCUGCCUCUGGCCCUGAUCCUGCUCUCCUACACCAGGGUGCUGCUGGUCAUCCUUGGGGUUGGUGGGGCCACGGGCCGCCGCAAGGCCUUCAACACGGUGGCGUCCCAUCUCACAGUGGCUGUGCUCCACUACGGCUGUGCCACGGCCAUGUACGCCAGGCCCUUGCGCAGCCGCUCCCUGGAGGACGACAAGCUGGUCUCGCUCAUCUACAUCAACCUCACACCCUUGCUCUACCCGGCCAUCUACACGCUGCGGAACAGGGAUGUGCAGGGCGCGCUGCAGCGGGUGGUCGGCCCCAGGACACCAGGCACCGGCCACCAGGCUGAUGUCACCUAA